GGGAUUGCUUUACGUGUUGGGGACAUGAAGAUCAUGAUAAAUGUACCCAACUUAACUUGGUUUAAACCACCUGAACUGGAGAAAAAAUGGCCAGGCGGAGAAAAUCAAGAGGAAAAAGAUCAGGAUUCAAUAAUAUAAUCAAAAUGGCGCUGUACAACAUCACCGCUGACCCUGAGGAACGCACUGAUCUCAGUACCAGACUUCCAGAUGUAGUAACGACCCUAAUGAAACGAGUUGAUUUCUACAUGAAGGGCGUGGUACCAUCCCUUAAGACUGCUCCUGAUAAGAAAGCAAAACAAAUGGCUAAACGGAAUGGUUACUGGGGGCCUUGGAGAGAAUAGAAUUAAUUCGUCUUUGCGCAAUGUUUUCCCAUUUCAGACCACGUGUCAUUCUCUUGAGAUUAAGAUUCUUUGUUUGAGUUGUAUCCACAUUCAUGUGUCUUCUCAUGCGCAACUGUUAAACAAAGAAAUUUUAUUCUAGGGAAUAACACGUGGUUAUGAAAUGGGUAAACAUUACACCAUGAGACGAAUUAGGUGUAUUAGAAGAAUAGCCUGGGUAUUACAAGGGAAACACAUCUGCUGCCUGAACAGAAAUGAAAAAAAAAAA